GUGUUGUGUGCGGUUCGGGUUGUACGACAAAGGACCGCGGAUCGUAGGGGAUUCCUCUUUUUUGGACAGUGGUGGCAGUAAAUCAAAGCAGGCUUGCUCUCACUCUCUGUGUAGGGGAAUACAAGGAUCUUGACUGUUUUGCUGGGUGUUGUGGUUGUUUGAGGUGGAAUCUCGCAGCAGGUGAGCUGGGCUUGCGGAAUACGCCACUGUGGGACCUAUCAAUCAAUCAAGGCGGCGCGCGGCUUACCGGAGGUUGAGGGCUCGCGUGCCCUUGUGCAGGUUGGACCGUGGUCAGGACCAGGAUUUCGGAUAGGAGCGAAUCAUAUCGCUUUUACAGCAAGUGAUACAUAUUGCAUGAGCUUGUAGCAGGUGAAGCAAAAAACGUGGCAGCAAGCCACGACCAGACUGGAUCAAAGCAAUCCAGCAGGACCCACUCGGCGGAAGGAACAAAAAGUGGUGUGCAGUGCUGCCAUCUGUCCCACCCGGGUGGUGGUGGUGACCGAUAAGGGAACGGACCAUGUGGCUCGCCGCCACACAAGAUUAGGGUGAAAUUGUGAAGGCUUGUGCCCUGCGGACCUUUUCCUGCUUCCCUUCUACCGCGAACGCCGCAAAAAUCCCAGAAAACCAACAGAGUUUUCUCGGUGGAACGUCAACACUGGACGUGGCGAGGCCUACUUUUGUGGGGUCCCCGGGGCCGGAAACGGUGAAUAAAUCGAUGCGGUUACACAGCUAGAGCAGCGGUUUUUUGGCCACACUCACACCAGCUCGAGUCAGGGUUUACUUCGGUGUGGUGGUCGUGUAGGUUGGCAAAUUGGAAUCAUAAUCGGUUUUACAAGCGUGGCAGCGAACGAGAACAAUAGCUGGUCGUAAAUGUGGUAGUGUUCGUUUUUUUUUCUGCGGGUCUAGUCGGUAAAAUUGGGGAAACAAUCCGGUUCUGGACGGGCAAAAUUUGAGCUAUUAAUUUCCGGCCGAGAGUGGCGCUAAUUAAGCGCAAUCAAGUGAGUGUCAAAACGAGUGUUGUGGAGGAGAACAAUACCGAGGGGGGAAACAAUAGUGGAACGGAACGGGUGUGUGGUAGUGUGUACGUGUGAGUUCGAACGCGAGGUUCGCGAGGAAGCGUUCGGAACGGAACAUCGCGCAUUGUGAGUGUGUGAACGUCAACACCUUCUCCAUCAAACUUACGGGAGGCAAAGGCGCAUCGCCCCAUCUCCACGGAAGAACGCGUCCUCCUAGAAGGUGGAAGUUGUGUGUCAGCCAGCCUCGCUCUCUGUUCGUGACACAAUUUUCAUCAUUUUCCUCGUCACCCAACUCACCUGGCAGCCUCUUACAACAGAAUUACAACUUCAACCGACCACAUAGGAAUUAACUGCUCCCACGCACGACGACACAUCACGCACGUACACACACAGGUGAAGAUGCAUCUGUCACUGGCGGUGCCACACGACAUCCGAUGGAUUACCGUUGACCACCGCCGUCGACCGUGGUGAACUCCCAAGGGAGACAAACAGUACUCAGUCAGUUCUCUGUUUAUUGACGUUAUAAGCCAAAACAAAAAAAGAAGAAGAAGUCAGAAUGACGACCCGAUUACGACGACCUGCCACCAGCAGCUGUCGGCUUAUCCUCUGCUCAAUCACGCUCAUCCUGGUGGUCUUCCUCAAACAAGCGACCUCCUUCUGCCCCUCGGUAUGCACCUGCGAGAUGGACCCACAGGUGCGAACCUGGUGCAUCGGAGUCCACCUGGACGUGGUCCCCAUCCAGCUUAAUCCGGAGGUCCGGUACAUCAACCUCACCUCAAACGAAAUCCAAAACGUGCACUUUAUGCUCAGCUUCUACCACAAGCUCGAGGUGCUCGAUCUUUCGUUCAACGAGAUCAGUGACCUCGGCUCGCGCAACUUUGACACCCAGGAAAGCCUCAAAAUGCUCAACCUCAGCGACAACGCGCUCGUCACCAUCCCCAAAGACGCCUUCAAGGGACUCCGCAAGCUCCAAAUCCUCAAAUUGUGCAACAACCGCAUCGAAACCAUCCACACGACGGCGUUCUACGACCUGCGGAACCUCCUGGAGCUGGACUUCUCCAACAACGCCAUCAUCUCGCUCGAUCACGGCGUUCUCCGCCACCUGUACUCGCUGGAAACCCUCUCCUUCCAGAACAACCAACUCCUGGAGGUCCCGUACGAGCACAACGUGGAGCACCUGUCCCGCCUACAGACGCUCGAUCUGUCCGUCAACCUGAUCGAGUUCAUAGCGAACGAUAGCUACGCGAGUUUGCGCGAGCUGCGGACUCUGAAGCUGGCUGGAAAUGUGUUGACUGAGCUGGAUUACGGGGCGUUCAACGGGUUGAGUGCGUUGAGGGGACUGGAUCUGGCGGAUAAUAAUUUUACGGUCGUGCCAACGCUGCAAUUAUCAAAGCUGUGCAAUCUGACGUAUUUAUCGCUGAGUGGCAACAAUUUCGACGCGUUGCCGGCCGUGGCCUUCAUGAACCUGUUCCAGCUGCGGCAGCUCCAUCUGGACCGGCUCGACCGGCUGGAGCGGAUAGACGUCCGCGCCUUCGUCGACAACACCAACCUGCACGUCCUCUCGCUGGACGACAACCCUUCCUUCACGAGCCUGCCCCUCCGUCUGUUCCACGGCAACCCCGCCCUAGUGGAAAUCUCGAUGCGCCGCAACGGUCUCAUCCGUCUGGACGCCGUCCAGAUCCCACUGGACCACCUGCACCGACUCCGCCUCUCCGGCAACCCACUGGUCUGCAACUGCUCACUGCUCUGGCUGUGGCGGCUGGCCUCCGAGGGUGAUCCGGACGAUGAGUUCUUGCUGACUUCGGCGGCGCUGACCAGUGCUGCCGGAUCCGGGAUGGUCUCGGAUGCCGAGGACAGUUCCUCGGGACAUCCGCUGGUGAUCGACCGGGACGAGUUGGGGUGUGACUUGUACGAGGACGGGAGGAAGAUCCGGCGGACGCUUCGGACGAUGACGGAGUCCGACAUGGGUUGUCCGACGCACGUGGUGACCGUGGUCAGUGCCGUGUUCAGCUUGCUGCUGCUGCUGGCAACCGGAGCUAGCGUGCUGUACUUCUUCCGGCUGUCAAAGCGGCGGAAAAAGCUGCUCCAAGAUCCUCGUAAAACAGUCAACGAGCUGAUCCACGUGCCCCAGAAGGUGGACAAGCUGGAGCUGGAGCGGUACUUGGCCCAGCAGAGCCAGGCCGAGUAUCGACCGCUGCGAGGUGGUCCCUGGGAGGUCACUCCGAUGCUUAAGGACGACCAGCAGUUCCACCAGUACGGCAAUCCGCUGCACGAGUCCGAUCACUACGAAAGCUUCGAGUACUACCAGCAGCAACCGCAGCAGCAACCUCAACCGCCCCAAGUCCACCAGAAGCGAACGCUUCCCAGGCCGCACAUCGUGUACGUAUGACUCUAGACCGGCCGGAAGAUCCGUAGCAGUAUCGCUAGCAGUAGUAGAAAGAACUUCCGCGGUGGCAACAGCGUUCGGCCGCUGCUUGUCGAUAGCUCCGUUUGAGAACGAACCCAAAAGCUACUCAAAUCGUUGUAAAAAUUUACAUUAGAACAUGGUUUUUUUUUUUGCUGCUGCUUCCCCCGCACCCUUAAGGGGUGGCCCCCCUUUAUAAUAUCCCAAACGGCUUAUUUCGAGCACACACAAAAAAGUAAGUCGGUGUAUUUUGUAUAUCUGUCUGAUACACGUGUAAAUAUAGGCAACCCCGAACAGAAAAAAGGAAGUCGUUAAGAAGGAGGAAAUCUCGGUAACAAAAAAGGUGAACAUUCUGAACAUAUGUAUUCAGUAGAGACACACAAAAACCGGAGCCAAAAUAAGGAAAGCAAAUCUAGGAGCUAUGAAUAUUUACUGGAAGCUGGGAUUAAAAUAUAUUUGAUAUCAAGGAAGGCGCACGGCAAAGAAAAAAAAUGUGGGCAGAUCUACAAGCUCUAAAUAAUGAUCAUUGGAAAAAAAAAAUCAAGGAAAAGUGCUACAGUCUGAACGUGUGGUUUGUUGAAUAGGAAAUUAUUCGUUUCUUGGGAUUUGUGAGCUUCUUCGGGUGGAGAUUAUUGAAAUAAUGAUAGCUUUUUAAAAUAAGGGUUUCCUGCAUACAUUUGAAAAUAAAUUUGAUUGGAACUUGUUGCAUGACGGAAAAACAAAACAAUCUUGUUUUUUUGGGAGAAUAACUAAGCCAGUGAAUGUACUUUUUUUUAAGUUUGUGACAAAACCAUUAGCAUAAUUGCAAAAAGAAACUUCAUAUGUUUAUGUUUUCUUAUGUUUUCUUCUUAAUAAAUGUCAUAAUUCCAUGCAAUUCCAUGUCAAAUAGGGAAUCGGAUGUACCCAGAGGGUUACUAAAGACAGCCAUCUUGGGGGUUGAGAUUAAUAUCACGCGCAAUCUGCGCACAGUAAAAACAAAAAUAUUUUUUAUUCAUAUUUAUUUUUUUAAAUAACAUUAUUUCUGAUUUACUGUAUUAAAAGUCAAAAUACAUAGAACUUCAGUUAAAUGUAUCAUGUGAUAAAAGUACAACUUUAAAUGUAGUUAUCGGCCAGAUGUGUCCUAAAGGUGAAGCCGUUGAUCAUUCUCGAAGAAAGUUGAUCAUCACUCUAAAAUUUUCUGUAUUGAAUUCAAUUUUACGAAUUUCAUCACCAAAAAGGAUCAGCAUGUGCCGGUUGUUGUCUUCUUGAAACCACUGAAGGAAUUUUUGAUCUAAAUCAAUUGUGCUUCAAAAUUUAUAUAAUUUUGUGGCACAGUCAUUGGCAAUCAUUGAUUUAUGACGAUUUCCAUAACUUAGCAAGGAAUGGGAUGAUCGUUACAAAAAGGAAUCAGCAUGUGUAGGGCACUAUUCUUAACAACUUGUAGAAGGAAUUUUGUCAAAUUAUUGAUAGCGACGCAAAAUUUAUAUCUUUGGUCGAAAAAUCAUGGCAAUGAUGUAAGUCUUCACGUUAAGGAUCCCUACUUUAGCAGUUUAUUUUGCACAAAAAUUGAGAAAAAAAAAAUAAUUUUUCAUGAAAAAAAAAUCAGUUUCUUUCCAUUUCAUACCAGAAGUUUUAGUACUUUUUAACAGUGCGCAGUUGAUUUGUUUUGGUUCCGUAAUAACAGCUGUUCUUUUGUUCUGGCUUUGUUUUGGUGUCGUAAAUGACUGUUCCCUUUUGUUCUGGUGCCAUAAUUGACAGCUGGUGAUGGCUGCGGUGGAGCUACCUGUAGGGAGAUAGAAAUUCCAAGGUUAUUUUCAAAAUAAUAAGCAAUGUAAAUCAGUGUAUUUCAUAAAUUAUUUUUUUUUCAUUCAAUUAUAGAUCAUUGUUUAAUAGCUGAAAGAUUCUUUUAGAAAAUUGAUUUUUAUUAUAUAAAUAAAGCAUUCCUUCCCGAAAAUUUAUAAAAUAUCGGUAUCUAAAGCAUAAAUCAUUCAUAAUUCUUCCUGGGUAUGCCCAUUAGGGUGUAAUAUCAAAAUCGAUUUUCCAGCACAGCACUUUUCCAGUUCCUUUUGGGGUCCUAAACAACUCCCCAAAGUUUGGGCAUGAUUGGUUUAGUCCUCACUUUGCGCAAAGCGAUUCAAUUUUCCAUAUAAAUUUGUAUGGGAAAAACCAUUUUUUUGAAUUUUGAAAUUUAUAAAAUCCACGUUUCAAGCUGUACUAAAUCCGGAUUCAUAUUCGGAUGCUCUGAAAGGUGCUCUACGGUGAACCUCGUUGGAUAAAAACGAAGAGUGCUGAAAUAGUAGAUUAUGCAACACGUUGCAAAAAGAGGAUUUUUUCAGCACGAGUCGUACAUUUAUCCAACGAGGUUCACCGAGUUGGAUAAAUACGAAGAGUGCUGAAAAAAUCAAGUUUUGCAACGAGUUCCAUACAACAUUUUUUGCAAUUCCAAAAAACACACACUGAGUGAAAUUUUAUGUCAAAUUUUCAUGUAUUUUGUCAAUAAAUCGUUUAAAUCAAAAAAAUGUUGAAAAGUGUUACUUUUCGAAACAAGUGCUGAAAAGUUCAACUUUUCAGCACCCAUUUGAGUGCUGAUAAGUAGAACUUUUCAGCAUUUAUUUUGAAAAGUGUUGCUAUUCGAUUCUGUUAUUUUUGGUACAGAAAAGUAGGCUAUUUCGUCGUUCAAGAAUGACAGGAAAAGUGAGUAGUUUCUCGACAGAAUUGCAAAAAAUAAAGUUUUGCAACGAGUUCCAUACAACAUUUUUUGCAAUUCCAUAAAACACCCUUUGAGUGAAAUUAUAAGUCAACUGUUUAUGUAUUAUGUCAAUAAAUCGUUUCUUUAUUUAUUUAUUUUUUUUUUUUUGAAAAGUAUUACUUUUCAAAACAAAUGCACCCAUUUCAGUGCUGAAAAGUAGAACUUUUUAGCAUUUAUUUUAAAGUGUUGCUAUUCAAUUCUGUUAUUUUUGGCACAGAAAAGUAGGCCAUUUCGUCGUUUAAGAAUGACAGGAAAAGUAAGUAGUUUCACGACGGAAUUGCAAAAAAAAACUUUUUGCAAUACUGCCCGUCGGAAAUUUACCUAAAUUAAAAUGAUUAUAAAAAACUUGAACAUGGUAUAAAAAUACUAAACACAGAGGAAUGCAGUUCAAAUUAUUUUUUGCUUAUUACAUAUUUUUAUUACAUAUAUUUAUUAAAAUUUUGAUGUUUUUGUUUAAGUCAUUGUUUUUUUAAUAAAAAAAUGUUUUUUGUCAGCAACUGUAAACAAAUCGAUUGAUUUGUUUUGGUGAAUUAUUUAACUAAUUGUUAUGCAAAAAUUUCCAUCAAAUUUACUUUUAUUAAUUUAUUUACAGUGCCAUUCCGGAUGGAACUUGUCACUUUAUAUGUUCAUAGUGAUUUUUGACCCGCUUUCUAUAGGAAAAGGGGUUCCAUAACAGGCAAAAAUACUUGAUUAUCAAAUGGGACUUCAGAUUUCUUUGUGUUGUGCGAAGUGUUCCAAAAAAGUGCCUAAAAUUUUCAAAACUUUAAAAAAAAUACUCGUCCAAUAAUGGUUGAAAUACACCAUCUUGUUUCCAGAAUUCCGAAAAUUUGCUAGCAAGGAUGAACCAAAAGAAAAUAGUUUCAAAAUUUUACCCCUCGACAUUAUCCAAAAAAACUAACUUAAUCCACCUAUGUGGUUGGAGUCUUCCUCACUUAUUACUAGAGGUGGGCAAAACCGCUCUUUUUUAGGAGCCGCUCAUUUUCGUUCGCUCACUAAAAAGAGCCGCUCUUUUUCAAAAUUUGGAUAAAAAAGUUAUUUUUAAGAAUUGUGUGAUUUUGCGAACUCUUUUCUAAAUUCUCAUUUCAUCGAUGAAGUCUAUAAACACUGAAGUUAAAUCAGGCAAGAGAUUUUUUUUCCAUAAUCUCUCAGCUUUUUAGUAGAUUUUUGGUAAUAUUUUACAAGCUAUGCAAUUUUAAAUUCUAAAAUUUGUAUUCGGAUAAUACUUUUUUGCAAUUCCACUGUGAAACUGUCAACUUUUCCUGCUCUUCUGGAGAAACGAAACGGCCUACUUUUCUCUACCAAAAAUAACAGAAUGGAAAAUUAAUACCUUUCAAUAACAGUGCUGAAAAGUUCUACUUUUCAGCACUAGUAUCGAAAAGUAACAUUUUUCAAUAUUGUUUUGUUUUGAACGAUGAAUUUACGAAACACAUGAAUGUUUGACAUAAAAUUCCAUUAAAUAAGCGUUUUUAGGAAUUGCAAAAAAUGUUGUAAGCAACUCGUUGCAAAACUUAUUUUUUUCAGCACUCGUCGUAUUUAUCCAACUCGGUAAACCUCGUUGGAUAAAUGUACAACUCGUGCUGAAAAAAUCUUCUUUUUGCAACUUGUUGCAUAAACUACUAUUAUGUACGAUCAGUAAUAUAAAGAAAAGCUUUUUCAUUUUGUUUAGAAAAUCGUGUUCUUUUGGAAUUUCAAAGAAAAGUAGGAAACUGAGAAUAAGUUUGAAAAAUUUAAAGUGGUGUUUGGCAGCAAUGCUAUUUUGGGAUAAAAUUAAAAAUAAAUUGUUAGGAGCGGCCGUGGCUGACUGGUCACGGUGUUCGCUUUGUAAGCGAAUGGUCCUGGGUUCGAUUCCCAUCUGCUCCCAACGAGAAAGUAUAGGAAAUAUAAAUCAUGAAACUCUGAACAUGAAUGAAAAAUCAAAGUCGCUCAAGUCGGGGUUCGAUCCCCCGUCCUUUGGAUUGGUAAGCAAAAAUGCUUACCACUAUGCCUUCGCGACUUGGUGAGCUAUGAUUGGAAUUAGGAAUGCUGUUACUAUCAACUAUAUACGCGCUGGGUUCUUGUCCAUUUGACGGAAGUUUUAAAUAACGUUUGAAUCCGAUUGGUCCAAACGUUCUUCAGGGCGGGGCUUGUCGAUAAAGCUGAAGUACCUCGCGCUCGGCUAGCCAGCGUAGAAAUGGGUCACUGAAGCUCGGCAGAGCUAACACCUUCCAAAUGCCACACACAAAAUUAAAAAAUAAAUUGUGGGAUUGAGAAUUGCAUUUUCAAUUUUAAAAACAAAUUUUGAGAUGCAGUUUAUUCGCCAUUCGAUAAAUUAUAUUUAUAACAAGUUUAAAAAUCAUUUUAUCUUGGAACGGUUCAUUCAAAAGACCAGAGUUUAAAAAAGAUCCGCGGUUCUUUUUUUGUGAGCCAUGGUUCGUUCGCUCUUUUUAGUGAACCGGCUCUUUGAGCGGCUCGCUCUUUUUUUGCCCACCUCUACUUAUUACCAACAAUGGCUGAUAUGAAAUUUCAUCUCUUUCAGAUACAAAAAUUUCAUCUCUUUUUUAGAUCCGGAGUAAAAAAGUACAUCAAUAUCACUUAAGUGUAUAUAUCUCAGGACAGGGUUGCCAGAUCUCCAAUGUUUUGAACUCGUUGGAAAGGUCUUUUGAUAACCUAUCCAACGAUGGGUCGGAUGGUGGAUCCGGACAUAGUUUACAUACAUUUAAGUGAGAUCCGGAUAUAUGUGAAAACACCUUUUUAUACAUAACUUUUGAACUACUUAUCAAAACUUCAAUCUGUAUAAAACUCGAUCUAUGGGACCCUAAACCAAGUCGAAUGCAACAAAUUCGGGUCAAAUCGGUUCAGCCAGUGCCGAGAAACAUGAGCUAGUUUGUUGGUCACAUACAUACAUACACACACACAUACACGCACACAUACACACAGACAUUUGUUCAGUUUCCGAUUCUGAGUCGAUAUGUAUACAUGAAGGUGGGUCUACGACGUUUUGAUUCAUAGUUCAUUUUUAGAGCAGGAUUAUAGCCUUACCUCAGUGAGGAAGGCAAAAAUACACCGUAAAUUAAUGGAACACCUCAAAAUAUCCCACAAUCUUUGAGGAAAUUUCGCUAAAACCAUCUUCUUAGAAAACAAAAUCGUUGCAAAAAAUCAUUCACCCUCAUGGAUUACUUCCCCUCCAAUUCAUCUUGCAAAAUCCAACACUGUGGGCCACACUCCUUAGACAGACACUUCCGGACAUCAGCAGCGUUGGCGAUGAUUCACAUGAACGCCGUUUUUCCUUCCGUUUUGAGAAGGUUGAACCGAUUUCGUUUCAAAGAUUAAGGUGAAAGAAGCAGGCAAGUGAGCAGCAAAUUUCCGCUUUUCUUCAAAACUCAACCACCGCGGAAGGGGGAUUUGGUGGCUGCCUUUGGCUACAUAUUUAUGAGGAUUGACUUUUUUGUGAGACUUUUCAGAUCGAUUAGUUUUUUCUUCUUGUUGGAGUUUUACAUCAUGUUACAUCAAAAGGAACAUCGCAGGGAAAUCCCUAACGGUAACGAAGGGAAAUCUUCUUUUGUGAAUCUUUUUU